UGCCAAUCAGCAAAAUUCUCAUCUGACAAGAAAAAAUCUUACAAGGGAAAUAUUAGUAACAUUUUUAUACUCCUGUGUUUAUGCCAAUUAGAAGAAAAUAUACCAAUGGAAAGAUAUUAUGUAGAAUGCUUUUAUACAUAAAAAAAUCUAGAACAAAAUCCAGAAAAACCUGAAGGCCAACGAACACAAUUUGUAGGGAAGACGCGGUCAAGGCGUAAGCCUAGUGAAAGCGUAUUGUGCGCUUUGACAGCAAAUUUUUUGGGAACAAUAAAUAUAUGCAAUUAGAUAUAUAGUUCCAAAUAUAAAAAGUAUCUAAAAUGCAUUCCGUACGCAAAUAUCGCAGCGAGACCAGUGAGAUCAGCUGUUGUCUGAAAUAUUUGCUCUUCAGCAGCAACGUAGUUGUUUGGACUGCUGGAUUGUGUGUACUGGCCGUAGGUAUUUGGGCAUGGAACGAAAAAGAUAUGUUUAGUAAUUUGGCCAAACUAACAUUUAUAGCGCUAGAUCCUGCCUUUGUACUUAUUUGCACAGGCACCAUAACAUUUAUCAUUGGCUUUACUGGAAGUGUGGGUGCGCUACGAGAAAACACCUGCCUAUUGUCACUGUAUGCACUGUUUCUAUCUUUGCUGUUGAUGUUCGAAAUCAGUCUGGGCAUAUUGACUUUCGUGCUGAAGGACAAAGGCUGGAUAAAAGAUCAAGCAACCGAAGGAUUGCGUGCUUUCAUCAUCCACUAUCGCGAAGACCCAGAUCAGCAAAAUCUCAUCGACUGGAUACAAGAGGAUUGGCUGCAGUGUUGUGGCAUCGAUGGUCCUAAAGACUGGGAUAGCAAUAACUAUUUCAAUUGUUCAUCAAGCGCGAUAGGCAGUCGGGAGGCAUGUGGUGUGCCAUUUUCAUGCUGCCGUCGCCGGCCGACAGAGAUAAUUAAGAACAAGCAGUGCGGCUAUGAUGUGCGCAAGGAGGGAUAUCCGGUGGAGCGACAUAUUUAUGAGCGUGGUUGUUUGCGAGCUGGCGAAGAUUGGCUGGAAGCGCACCUAAUAAGUGUGGCGUCUUCCUGCAUUUGUAUACUAAUAAUCCAGAAGUUUGAAAUAUCGAAAAUCAUUUACGAAAAAGGCUGUGUACAAGCAGGCGAAGAAUGGAUUGAACGUAAUUUAAUUAUAAUUUCAACCAGCGUUAUUAUACUUAUUUUUAUACAGAUACUCGGAAUUUGUUUUACUCAAAAUCUGCGCGCUGACAUAAAUGCACAAAAAUCCAAAUGGCACUGACAUAUACCUUCCACAGCGGUAACCAACAGUGCGCCGCCUCCGCCUGCUGCCAUUUAGAACGUCUGCAAACAAAAUUACUGUGUAUGGGUUUAGUAUAGAAGUGCAUGAGUGUAAAUGAGUAGACAAAAAAAUGCAAAGUAAACUAGUUAAACGGUUAAACGUAAGCUUUAAACUUAUAACACUGCUUCAAAUGCAAAUUACGCACAUGCCUAUUGUAGUUAAACAUACCAGCAAUUUUUUAUUAACAAACAUGAACAAAAUAGACACAUAAAGGCUUUUAAGAAUAUCAAUUUCAAUAAUUAGAAAAUUGAAAUGUAUACCAAUACUUUAUAUCUAUGUUUAUGCUAUUUUUAGCUACUACUUUCUAAAAACAUUAUUUUAACGCUCUCGAAUACUCUAUAUAAAUUAAUAAUUUUCCAUUUCAUACUCCUUCGCUUUGCAAGCCAAACACAAAUUGCAGCUGUGAUAACUCUUUUUGUCAGCUUUGAACUUUCUCAUACUAACACGAAAAAACUGAUAUUACACCUAACAAUAAAACUCAAGCAAACAAUGCACACACAUUGUGGUAUGCAAAAUAUUAAUGCUACGUAAGCAAUAUAUUUUUUUCGAAACAAUUUUUAAAAUACUUAUCAAACUGUUAAGUACCGCAUACUGUAACCUGAUCAACUUUUUGUUGCACUUUCAAAGCAAACGGUAAAAAUUCAAAUAUUAGUCAAAGUAAUAUUGCGAAAAUAUAUGUCUAUUUUGAUUACACUCGUCCUUAUGUGGCUGAAGCGCAUGGAUAAGGAAAUUGCGCUUGCGGUCAGCUAACUAUUUAUCAGCAAAGUCAAAUAAAGACUAAUUGAGUAAACUCUCUAUUCAGUAUACAAGGCUCAAACAAGUGUUAUUAAAGAAUAUAAGUCGUAUGAUUAAUUAGGCUCAUAAGUGUAACGCAAAAGUACUCGUAAAUUAAAUAGGUUAAAGAAAAUGCAAAAAACUAGUUAUUUUGUGAGAGCACAAUAAGUGACAUUCCUUUUACACGCCAGGAAUUAUACUAACCUAUAGACAUUGAAAUAAAAUUAGUCAAAUAUUUGUAAAAAAAUUAAUAGAGAUUUGUAUGUAGUGAAGUAAUUAUAGCUAGCAAUACGUAUGAGUAUUAACUAUGAGACUUGAUGAAAAUCUUAACUGCAUACCUUUUUUACUUACUUUACCUUUACUUUACGUUUAUACGUUUGCUCUAAGUUUCUAAAAGUAUGUUUGCUAGAAUUUUAAUUUCCUGAAAUGAAUUGUUACCAGCAGCAGAAUUUUGAAAUUUAUUUCAGCACUAAAAGUGGAUGCAUUCAUAAAAAAAUGAGACCACUGUUGCAUAUGAUAAUUGUAAAUUUUUAGUGUUGCCCCUGAAAUAUGUAAGAAUUCGGUUGCGGUGCUGCCGGUUAUCACUGUUACUGCCUUCUGUUAAAAAUAGUUUUACCCUCAGUGUCUUCAUGUAGUUAAAAUAAUUCCAGUUCGUCUUGUAAAGUA